GGCGGGGCGUCAGGAGGCCGGGGGGGAGGGCGCAACAGCUGCUGCGAGCACUUUCUGCCCCAACAGUCCCCCCGCCGGACGCCGGCCGCCCGCGCAGGGACCCCGCGCCUGCACUGUCCCCGCGCGGACGAGUAGGGGGCGCCCGCGCCGCUCCCUCGCCCCGCGCCGGAGAUUUUGGAAGUCCCUUGUCUUCACAUUGCCGGGAUCAGCGUCUUGCUCAACUGAGCCACUCAUCCAGUGGAGAUGGACAGAACUGUUGCCCUCAAGCUGACUCACGUCUGAAUCACAGCCCGGUGCAGCCUGGAUGCCUUGUUUGUGCAAAGACCCAUCUCUAUCACUGAGCUUCCCCCAAGCUCUGGAAUAUACACGUCCCUCUGAACUUAGAGUUGCUCUAAUUUUGACGCCCAGAGCUCCUGGAGGUUUGAGUGGUGAUAUCUCACAAGUGGCCUUAUUCUAACUCCAGAGAUCCUCAGCAGACAGCUGGAUCGUCCAUCCUGUCAGACCCUGAAGUGGCUGGCAGCAUGCCGACACAAUCUCUCCUCGUGUACAUGGAUGGGCCAGAAGUCCUUGGCAGCUCUCUAGGUACCCAGAUGGAGGUGGGUGAUGCUGUGCCUGUGAAAGGGCCGCCUGCAGCCCCCUUCCGAGUUUCUCAAGAGAAGAGCAUGGCCAUAGCAGAGGGGCACAUGCCCCUGGAUUGCAUGUUCUGCAGCCAGGUCUUCUCUCAUGCAGAGGAUCUCAGUCAGCAUGUGCUCCUGCAGCACCGGCCCACCCUCUGCGAGCCGGCUGUUCUGCGUGUGGAGGCUGAGUACCUAAGUCCCCUUGAGAAAGGUCAGGUACCAACAGAACCAUUGAAGGAGAAGACUAUCAAAGAACCAGAAGAGCUGAGCUGCGAUGUGUGUGGGCAGGCAUUCCCUGUGGCUUUUGAUGUUGAGAGCCACAUGAAGAAGCAUAAGGAUUCUUUCACUUAUGGGUGCAGCUUGUGCGGGAGAAGAUUCAAGGAGCCGUGGUUCCUGAAAAACCACAUGCGGACACACAAUGGCAAGUCUGGCCCCAGGAGCAAGCUACAGCAAGGCAUGGAGAGUCCAGUCACCAUCAAUGAUGUGGUCCAGGCACAUGCACCUGGGAACAUCUCCACUCCCUACAAGAUCUGCAUGGUCUGUGGCUUCCUCUUCCCAAAUAAACAGAGCCUCAUUGAGCACAGCAAGGUUCAUGCCAAAGAAACUGUUCCCAGUGCCAGCAACACAGCCCCAGAUGCUCACCAAGAGGAACCCACAUCCCCGAGGGAAGAGCUGCUGCAGUUUUUGAACUUGAGACCCAGAUCAACUGCAGAUAGUACAGUGAAGCCCACGACCUCUAUACCUCAGCUUGACCCGUUCACCACCUACCAGGCAUGGCAGUUGGCUACCAAAGGAAAAGUGGCCAUUGCCCAAGAAGAGGUGAAAGAGUCAGGCCAGGAAGGAAGCACGGACAAUGAUGAUUCAUGUUCAGAGAAAGAGGAACUAGGAGAAAUAUGGGUUGGGGGUAAGGCGGAAGGUUCUGGAAAGUCCAAAACAAGUAGAAGCAGUUGUCCAGGUCUCUCACAAGACAAGGAGAAGCCUAGACAUGCUAAUAGUGAAGUGCCUUCUGGGGAUGGUGAUCCCAAGUUGCCCAGCAGCAAGGAGAAGCCCACACACUGUUCUGAGUGCAGUAAAGCCUUCAGGACAUACCACCAGCUCGUCCUGCACUCCAGGGUACACAGGAAGGACAGGAGGGCUGACGCCCCAUCACCCACCAUGGCUGUGGAUGCAAGGCAGCCUGGGACCUGCUCCCCAGACAUCAGCACCACUCUGGAAGACAGUGGGGCCGGGGACCGAGAAGGGGGUUCUGAGGAUGGCUCUGAGGAUGGGCUCCCUGAAGGGCUCCAUUUGGAUAAAAAUGAUGACGGAGGAAAAGCAAAGCCCCUUCCGUCUUCGAGAGAGUGCGGUUACUGUGGGAAGGUUUUCCGUUCAAACUAUUACCUCAAUAUUCAUCUCAGAACGCAUACAGGUGAAAAACCAUACAAAUGUGAAUUCUGUGAGUAUGCCGCAGCCCAGAAGACAUCUCUGAGGUACCACUUGGAGAGACACCACAAAGACAAGCAGCUGGCGGAUGCUGCUGCUGAGUCCAAAAGUGAAUGCCGGAGCCAGGAGCCGCAGGAUGUCCUACUAACGGCUGACAGUGCGCAGACCAAAAAUAUAAAGAGAUUUCUUGAUGGUGCCAAAGACGUUAAGGGCAGCCCACCUGCCAAGCAGCUUAAGGAGAUGCCUUCUGUCUUUCAGAGUGUUCUGGGCAGCACUGUCCUCUCACCAGCACACAGCGAUACUCAGGAUUUCCAUAAAAAUGUAGCUGAUGGUGCUGAGAAAGUGCGAAAGAGUCCUGCCCUUGCUUAUCUGGACAUGCCGAAAAAGAAAGCAGGGGAGCCUCAGGCCAGCAGCCCUGCCUGCAAACUAGAGGGCGUUGGACCCUUAGCCCGGGACGCUGGCCAUAGGGAGAAGAUGGAUCGGGAGUCUGACUACAAACAUAAGCCCGGUGCUGACUGCCAGGACAGGCCUUUGAAUCUAUCCCUUGGGGCACUCCAUGCCUGUCCUGCAAUCUCUUUGAGCAAGUGUCUCAUCCCCAGCAUUGCCUGCCCCUUCUGUACUUUUAAGACCUUUUAUCCAGAAGUCCUUAUGAUGCACCAGAGACUUGAGCACAGGUACAACCCUGACACACACAAGAACAGCAGCAAGUCUGUGCUGAGGAGCAGGCGGACAGGGUGCCCUCCUGCUUUGCUGGGGAAGGACGUACCUCCCUUGUCCGGCCUGCACAAGCCCAAGGCCAAGACUGCCUUCUCACCACAGGCUAAGUCUCUGCACCCAGAGAAGGUUCGGCAGGGGACUUCAGGGCCAAGCAAAGCUCCCCAGACUCCAGGACCGGACAGCAGCACUUUAGCCCCAAGCAACCUGAAGUCACACAAGUCACAGCCCAGUGCCACCAGGCAGCAGCAGUCAGAGUUGGUCCCCAAAGGUGGCAUCCCCACUGCUAUGGAUAAGGCGAAAAGACCUGAGCCAAAACUGAAGACCCUGCCAGCUCCUCCAUCUCAGUCCCCCCUCAGCAGUAGUAAUAGCAACGGUUCUAUUGAGUAUCCCAUGAAAGUUGAUAGCCCAUGGGCACAGCAAGGGAGAGACUACUACUGCCAUCGGAAUGCUGCCAGUGCCCCAGCAGAGUACAGUGAACCACAUCCCAAAAGACCCAAGUCCAGCGUGGUGUCCCUGGACACAGAGCAUCCUGGGCCCAAUGGCAGAAGGGGCUUUGAGCUCCCCAAGUACCAUGUGGUCAGGAGUAUCACUUCCCUGUUACCACCAGAAUGUGUGCGCCCACCUCCUGUGCUGCCCCCCAAAGCCCGUUUCCUGAGCCCUGGGGAGGUGGAGUCGCCCAGUGUGUUGACUGUGCAGAAACCCUACAGUGCCUCUGGACCGCUGUAUACCUGUGGACCUGUGGGACAUACAGGAGCCAGCCCAGCCCUUGAAGGAAAGAGGCCUGUGUCAUAUCAGCACCUGUCUAACAGCAUGCUGCAAAAGAGAAGCUAUGAGAAUUUUAUUGGAAAUACACAUUAUCGACCAAAUGACAAAAAAUCUUGAGUUCUGAUUCUUAGGGGAAAGGUCCCUGGAUGCAAGUACACACUUUCCACGGAUCACAUGGUGGUUCAUCUUCUGAGAGCACAUGAUGAUUAGCUACUGAACAAGCUGUGACUGAAUUGUACACAGACCCGAGAGGAGCAGAGAAGGAACACUACAUUCUCUAAAGUUCUGUUAACCUUUGUACCAAAUAGCAAUAAAAACUAGUGGGAGCAGUUGGGCUGUGCGCCAGGGGACUGAAAUCUAGUUUGUCCCUAAAUAUUUUUUUAAAGAAUUGACCAAAUAAGUUUUUUUCCAUACUUGAGCGCUGCUGAAAAGAAAUCAUUUGGGGUGGGGUGGGGUGGGGUGGGAAAUGUUGUAAAGCUCGCACCUCAGGUAACUGUAAAUACGAUGUCAUAAACUUGCUUAAGUACUGUGUGUGUCUCAUGGAGCUCAGUGAUUUGAGCAUUUUCUGCUUCUUCAUGCUUUUUCAUUUAAAACAUGUUUUAAAGCAUAUUCUCACUGAGUCUAUUGUUUGUCUUCUUCACGUUGUUGAUGGAGGAAUUGAUGCUCGGAAUUGGGCUGUGCAUCUUGAGGUCAGCAGGCACUAACCUGGCACCUUUUACUACAGCUGUUGUUAGAGCUGUGUGGACAGGUUGUCCUGGAACCCCAGCAUGCUGCCCUGGGGAUGGUGUGGUGCUUUGGAGCAGGUGUUGCCUACAGAGAAACUGCCUCUGUAGGGUGGCUGAUGUCACGGACAAGCCAGGCUCCGUGGGGAGCUAUCUAAGUUCUUCUUUUCUUUUGAAAGAUUUCAGUUUCUUGGAGAGUUGCCUGAGUUAAGUCUAGAUAGGUAUGCCACAUCUCCUUGUGUGAAUUGCAUGCUGGGAAGCAAUUUUAAAGGGAGUGGAAAGUUUGGGGAAAUAUUUUAGUUUGUAUUUGGUCUUGAUGUGUCUGGUGUUUGAGGUGUGGACACCUUGAGUCAGGGUGAGGACCUGCUGGCUGAGCCUCUUGGGAUGUAGGGAGAGAAGAACCGUGUCUCCCCAUUGUUUCACAGGUGAUUUCCUCAGUGCACAGGCAGCUUGGGAUGGAAGGAGGAUAGCCAGCAGCUAGCUCACUCAGCAUUUUAAACUUGAGUUCUUUGAUGUCUGAGUUUAUUCAACAGUUCAUGGGUUUAGUAAACCCAAAAUAUUUUAUUAAGAAACUGUUUCAAAAAUAAAUUUGCACUGCUCAUUUUUCUUGCCCCACCCCUCUUGAUUGGACAAAAGGGUGCAGAGCUCAGAGACUCCCCUGCUCUCAUUGUGCACCAUGAGGGGUCCUUGGAAGGUGUCUUACCUCCUGUGUGGAAUGGAGACCUGGACUGAGAUGUGUUUGCUCUUGUAGAAAGUGCUUUUGUGUCAGGAACAGGUACACUAGGUCCUGCUCCUGUCCACAGGCUGAGCCAUAUGCACAUAAUCUAGACUGUUGUCUUAGGUCUGCACUUUUAUAGCCUGGUUUUGAAGAUUAACACAUUUGGAAGGUGAUUGACUCCAUUGUUGUCUAAAUGCAGUGAGUGUAUAGGAAGCUCGCUCUUGGAGGCAGUACAUGUAAAUCUGGAGGGGAUUAUUAUAGGAUAGGGGCCUAAAAUUAAACCUAUAUUAAAAAAAAAAUCACCAAAUCUAUUAGAAAACAAGUCAACGUGUGUAAUGCUGAAAUUUUGGGGACUUACAGAUUUCUCUAGCUACAUUCUCUGCAUGAAAAUUCCAGGUUUUUUUUCUUCUUUAAGCAGCCCUUUGUGCUUCAGUGUGUUUUUUGUCAUCAGUAUUAACUCUGGGAUACUACUGGCUCUGUGUGUCCUUCCCUGUGAGGCAGCAGUACAUGUGAGAAGAGGUACAGUCAUUGGAUUUUUGUUAAUGUAUUUAUUUCAUUCCAGUUUGAUUUAUUUUAAUUGUUGAUACUUAAGUUGUCAGUAGACACGCUUUAUUUAUGAUAUAUUUCAGCUUAAAGUUAUGUUAUUAUAUGUGGAUGUAAAUAUAUAGAUUUGGUGUUUUACA